AGUACGUAAUAAGCGUGUAAGUGAAUCAAGCUCGAACUGCGUAUAAAGCGAGACGGCUAUCAAGCUCUCAGAUUUGGCUGCAACAUGGCUACGACGGAGUGCAAAACGAAAGAAAAUUCAUGUGCGGAAAUACUGUCGAAAUCACCAGUUUUUAGCAGUGAGGUAGUCAACAAUAUCAAAGAGCAUGAUCAAGUCGGUAUACCUCUUCAAACUCCAUGGACUUUUUGGCUAGAUAAAGCAAUUUCCGGAACUACCACUGAAGAGUACAAGGCAAAUUUGAAAAAGAUUUAUACAAUUAGUACAGUGCAAAGCUUUUGGGCUGUUUUCAAUCACAUCCCAAAUGCUAAUGAAAUGCAGAUCCGAUAUAGUUAUCACCUGAUGAGAGACGACCGAUACCCAUUGUGGGAAGAACCUAUUAAUCAGAAAGGCGGUACAUGGCGUUUCAAAUGCCAUAAAAGUGACACGGCGACUGUCUGGAAGGAAGUCAUUCUUGCAGCAAUUGGUGAACAAUUUAGUGACAGCUUAGCUGAAGGUGAUGAAAUAUGUGGCGUCAGCGUAUCGAUUCGCGACCGAGACGAUCUCGUCCAGGUGUGGAAUGUUAAUGCUUCACUGGCGAUGAAAGCUUCUAUUGUAGAAAAGGUUCAUAGCCUUGUACCUGAAAUAACAUUUUUAGCAGAAUUUUAUAAACCUCAUCAAUCACACCAUGCAUAUAACCGGCAUCGCUGAGUGCUGUUUUAUACAAAAAUUGCUUGUUAUGCAGCUAAGUUAAUCGAAUAUUACAACAAUAUUUUCUAAAGCAAUGAAUGCCAAAACUUAACUACAAAUUAAUGUUCUCGUAAUCAUCAAAUACUUUUACUGUUUUAUUUUUUAGUUUUAUAUUACCAUAUAAUAUUUGUUAUUAAGUGUAAAAAUUGUCGAAGUAUAUUUUUAUAUUUACAAAACUGUUUUGACUACUAUAUAAAGCCUCAUUUGUGGAUAAAUAUAGCGUUUUAUCGAACAUCCUAGUUAUUGUAUAAAUAUACUUUAAUUAUCAAAGUAAACUUCAUACCAAUUUGAAAAAAAAAUAGUUUUAGAAGUAACUAAUAUAAAACCUUGUGAAAAAUAAUAUAGUCGCGCACAAUUCGACGCAAAUAUUUGUAUCAAUGCAUACGAAGAGCUCAUUAAUUGUGACCAUGAAAUCGAAAAAGAUUAUCAUAGACUUACGUCUGGCGCCAACAGCAUGUUAAGCGAGAAUUUCGUUUAUUAAUUAACCGGUCGUACAAGCACAAACUCCAAGUCGAAUUUCCGAAACUAAGAUAUGUUUGAUUGGUAAAGCGAUUUCGUGACGUUACAAAGCUGGAAUGCAAUAUAACACUGAAAAACAGCUUUAUGAUCAUAAGCUAUCUGUCAACUUGUAACACGUGCUUUUUCGAAUAAUUGGUAAACAAAUUAUGAGAACCAAACAUGAGCACAUAUAUAUAUAUAUAUUAAUCAUAUGAUCAUAUAGGGCUUUUUAUCAAAAUUUCCGUAAGCUUAGAGUAAUAAAUUAUAGUCAUCGAUAUUAUUGAUAUUAUUUUGUUUCUUAUAAAAUAUUGCAGUGCUUUUCUAUACCGGCAAAGCAUUAGUAAGAAUUCGUCAUCGUUUGAGAACGUAAAAAUUGGCAAAAAUCAAAGUGAUGAAAAUGUGUGAAAAGAUUAGCAGCAUUGCAAAUGGCAUGUAAAUGUAAUAAAUAGUUGUCUAAAAAAGAGGAUAAAAAAGGAUUAUACGAUAUUUUUUAAGGUAUAAUAGCGACGCAAAGAUGAGGAAAUGAUUUACAUAAGCAGUUUGAUGUUCGAUCAACCAGACCGGAGAUUCCCUCGAGUGAAUGUACUACGCAUCGUCGCUAUACACAGGAGAUAUUUUACUUUCAAUUAUGUAUUCUUGACAUUUAUAAAAUUGCUUUUACUACUACUUGAAGCGAAAUAGCGAAUAGUCACAAGAGCUCGUUAUCGAGUUUAUGGGAAUGACCAUCAUGAGCUUUAUGUAUACAAGUUGUUUAUUAAUUAUUCAAAGUGUCCCGACGUGGCGGCACAAGAGAAUUGCUAAGUCUUCAAUGCUCGGCAAGAAAUUAAUCUUGGCUGCUGACAGAUGCCCGAAAGCAGGAUGGCGCCGAAGCGACGUUUUUACGGCUGUUCUGGUCCCAAUAUUGACGUCAUAGAGGCCGCGCGGAGAGCGCUGGCCGAAAUCCGUGGAAAUCAAAACAAAUUUUUAAUUCAGGAAUCUUGUAUCCGUUAAAGUUGCUCCUAAAUUAUAUUCGCGCGAACUUGCUUCUACACCUUGGCGCGCUCUUCUCGUGUCCGCGUCGUCGACAAAUUGAAAUACAUUUUUUGCCAUCUGACGCUAUGGGCAUACCCCCGCAAAAAAAAAUACAUCCUCUUUCACAAUGUUAUACUUGAUUCGUGUAAUUUAAUUGAUAAUAUAUUG